AUGCGGCACAAGCGAUCCAGCAACGGAGUUACAGGCAUGGCGCAAACGAUUCUUCAGCUGCUUCUCGUGGCAAUUCUCCUGGUGAAUCUGACUUUAGCAAGCACUGUGAGAAGACCGCGACUGGAUGGACGCAUCGUGGGCGGCCAGGUGGCUAGUAUCCAAGACAUUCCCUACCAGGUUUCCCUGCAGCGGAGCUAUCACUUCUGCGGUGGCUCUCUGAUCGCACAGGGUUGGGUCUUGACAGCCGCCCACUGCACCGAAGGAUCGGCCAUACUCAUCUCCAAAGUGCGCAUUGGAUCUUCGCGCACUGCUGACGGUGGUCAGCUGGUGGGGAUCAAGCGAGUCCAUCGGCAUCCGAAAUACAAUGCCUACACCAUCGACUUUGACUUCUCGCUGCUCGAACUGCAGGAAUAUAGCGCGCAGAACGUGACCCAGUCUUUCAUUGGACUUCCCCAACAGGAUGCGGACAUUGCCGAUGGAACUCCGGUGCUUGUUUCCGGUUGGGGCAACACGCAGAGCAACCAGGAGUCCUCAGCGGUUCUUCGAGCUGUAACCGUGCCCAAAGUGAGUCAGAUGCAGUGCACCGAGGCUUAUGGCAGCUUCGGAAGCAUUACGGAUCGAAUGCUCUGCGCUGGACUGCCGGAGGGCGGCAAGGACGCAUGUCAAGGCGACUCGGGAGGUCCUCUGGCCGCCGACGACACUCUUUGGGGCGUCGUCUCCUGGGGUUAUGGAUGCGCCAGGCCAAACUAUCCAGGCGUUUACUCACGGGUCUCAGCUGUACGCGAUUGGAUUGGCUCUAUAAGUGGCAUCUGAGAUCAAUAAACCACAAAAAACGA